AUGGUUAAGAAACAUCUCAUCAUCCAUAUCAUCGAAAUCCUCGGGGUUUUCGUCUGUGCGCAUCACUUGUGGCCGAAGGGAGUGACUUAUGGUGAGGCUGAGGAAUGGGAAAUCGAGCAUCGAAAGAGGAAUGCGCAUGGAUCGCGCUCCAAAUCGAAAGACACCAGGAUGAGGGGCCCAAGUAAUGCUGGAUCAAGCAGUGAUGGUGUAAGAAGGAAUAGGAGCAGGAGAGAGGAAAGGGAGCGGGAUUACGAGUAUGAGUAUGAGGAGCGACCACGGCCUUCGAGACAUGCGAGUUCGAGAUACUGA